UGCAAGUUUGAGACUUUGGCUGCAUACUAUGUGGUCACGCCAUCUCACUUAUGUAACAGUCGAAGAAAGAUGGUUUAAAGGGAUGUAAACUGCGAAGGUGGCAAAAUUGCAUUGCAGGAUUAUCACAAUGCUACAGGAAAAAUGAGCAAAAAGUUUGACUGAACUUCAACAGCCUUAUAGAAGGGGGGGGAGCACAGCUGGACAGAUGAGAAGCAGUGAGGAGAUGCAUCCUGCGACAGAGACUCAGCCAGUUUAUUUUUUUUCACCUGAACUUGAGGACUAUGCUUAGUCAUAGCUGAUGAUACCCCCUGAUGCUGCAGACCUUGGCUGUGUUGAGGCCAUAAAGCUCCAGCUUUGAACCAGUGUGGAUGUCCAUACUAGGCCUUGGCAUUUACUUCAGAUGUCAAAGAUCAGUCAGGAGGAAGAUUAAAGCAACUACAGAACCUCUUUUAGAUCUCUUUCUCUUAUCAAUGUCUCUGCCUUUCCUCUGUGUGUCAACAGUUACGGCUCUAAUUCUGCCCUCUCUUUGUCUUAUCUGCCUGCCUUUCUCUUUACUUUCUCUCUGUCCUUUUGCUCAGUUGUUUAAUCUGCCUCUUUUUCUGGGCUCCUUCCCAUUUCUUCUUCCUUUCCUCUCAGUUUGCAAAUAUGAGGGCACUCUAAUAGACCUCCCUCAAGUCCCCCAUCGAUUCACUCCUCCCUUUUGCUCUCCUCCCCUUACCCCCCUCCUCUCUCUCUCUCUCUCUCUCUCUCUCUCUCUGACUCUCAUUCCUUCCCCCUUUUUUCAGCCAUUCCCAGAUAAGAAGGGGGCAGAAGUAAUUCUCUCUAGUCACUUCUGAAGCUGAAGCCACCAGAGAAGGGUGGAGGGAGUAAAAUCCAAAUUUCCAUUUAUUAGAUUUUGCUUGAUUUGUGAUUUUUUUCUAAAUAUAUUCAAAAGAAAUUGUUUUUGUAGACAUUGUAUUUUAAACAUAAUUGUUUUCUCAGAAUUGAUUUCUUAUUUUUAAACCUUUAUACCUGCAUUUUUUCUUGUUUAGAUCUGCUUAUUCACCUUUUGCAUUUAUGAGGAAAGGAUAAAAUAUCAGCAAGCUGUCAGGAACCUGUCUAACAUCUUGCAGAUGGAUUCAUUCAUCUGAGAGAAAACUGACCAAAAGAAAUCAAAGGAAGAUCCUUCUUGGGAAAGUGAAGAGAGGUGGGCAUCUUUACCCCAAUUUGGAGCGGAAAAGUGAACAAUUCACCGUAAAACCAGGUUUCCUAACUUUUAGUUCUUUGCAUCCAACAAUUGAAGAGACAUUUAGAAAUUAGCAUACUGAACAAGCAGGAACAUCUGACCUCAUGGAUUCACUUUUGCAUGCAGAGGUUUGUGCAAAGUUCCUUUUAGGCUGAAUUGGGGUCAAAGUGUUAACAACCUUCCCUUGUUAAAAGGAGAACACUUUAAAACACAGAAGGUGCUGUGAUGAAAGGCCUGGAUCUCAGCCGGUGGUUGCUGGUGCUGCUGCUGCUUUGGACUUGGUCCACAGUCAGUGAUGGAGCAGGAGUUGGAGGCACAGAGCGAGCAGGAGCUGGAAGAAGCCAGAGAAAAGGAGGAGGCGCAGAGAAGAGGAAGAGGUUUCAUCGCAUCCAGCAUGGUCAGUGCAGUUACACCUUCGUCCUUCCGGAACUGGACGGAUGUCAGAGUGGAGGGUCCACAUCCCAGGCCGAACAUUAUGGGAGCUUUCGUGGAGGGGCGAGCGUUGUGCAGAGGGACUCACCACCAGUGGACGGCGAGUGGUCAGCGCAGAAACUUCAGCACCUAGAAAGCAUAAUGGAGAACAACACACUAUGGCUGCAGAAGUUGGAAAACUUCAUACAGAAGAGUUUAAGGCGAGAUGCAGCUAACAUACAGUCGCACGUUGUUAACAACCAAACAGCCGCAAUGUUGGAAAUUGGAACAAACCUCCUCUCACAGACAGCAGAGCAGACACGGAAACUCAAUGUGGUUGAGGCCAAGGUCCUGAACCAAACAUCUCGAAUAGAGAUCCAGCUUCUGGAGAAUUCACUGUCCACCAACAAACUGGAAAAGGAGCUCUUACUACAGACCACGGAGAUAAGGCAAUUGCGAGAUAAGAACAGCCAUUUGGAAAGCAAAGUUCAGUUGCUUGAGUCUCAGCAGAGAGGAGAGCUUGAGGACAUGAGACUAGAGAAGAACCGACUGCAGUCUGUGAUCAGGACUCAGAUGGUGGCUAUAGAGUCUCUAGAAAGGCAGCUGAGAGUCGCCACCAGCAACAACUCUGCCCUGCAGAAGCAGCAGGCCCAGCUGAUGGAGUCGGUACACACCCUCAUCGACAUGGUGGCCACGACUACAGGGUCGCCUCCUCGGAGCCAGGUGUGGAAGGACUGUGCAGAUGCCUACAAGGCUGGUCAUUCUGCCAGUGGUCUUUACCACAUUUAUGUCGGUAACAACACAGACCCUGUUCAGGUGUACUGUGACAUGGAGACGAGUGGCGGGGGCUGGACAGUCUUCCAGCGGCGCUUCAACGGCAGUGUGGAUUUCCAGAGGAGCUGGAAGGAGUACAAAAUGGGUUUUGGAGACCUGUCGGGGGAGCAUUGGUUGGGCAAUGAAGUUUUACACCUGCUGACCAGUCAGGGUCAGUACUCUCUGAGAGUGGAGCUGCAGGACUGGGAGGGAGUCUCUGCUCACUACCAGUAUGACCGGUUUACACUGACCAGUGAAAGACAGCAGUACAGGUUGUAUCUGAGAGGUUACAGCGGUACAGAGGGAAGGCAGAGCAGCCUGAUCACCCACGGGGCCGGCUUCAGCACCAGAGAUCAAGAUAAUGACAACUGCGAUCACUGCAAAUGUGCCUUGAUGCUAACUGGAGGUUGGUGGUUUGACGCUUGUGGUUUCUCCAACCUAAACGGCAUCUACUAUACAGUUGGCCACAACAUUCGGAAGCUCAACGGCAUUAAGUGGCACCACUUCAGAGGCCCCAGCUACUCCCUGCGUUCCACUUUAAUGAUGGUCCGACCCUACGACUUCUAAGAAGACCCCUCCACAUUUUAGACAUCUGAAUGUUGGCAAUGAUCUGAAGCAUAGGUCUGGAUUCUGUGUUCCUCGUAACAAUGCGCCUUACCUUCUGCUCCAUGGUCCAGCCAUGGUGCAUCCUCUGGAUCUGACAUGGUACAGUCCUUUAUUCAUGACCAAUAACUGAUCCACCUUUGAAGCCUUGAAGACUAAAGAACUUUACACUUACAAGCACCACUCCGAUGAAAGAUAAAACAAUAUAAAAAAGCAAGUUCAUUAUUUAAAUUCAUAUUUUAGAUGUUUCUAUAGUAGAACAUAACUGCACUGCACAUUGCCUUUGAAGCCACAUGUUGACAUAGUUGUUUAUGUACAUUCCCAAAGACAUGAGUUGUGAUAAAACAUGCUGUUUGAGUAAAACAAAUACAAAUGUGUGCCAGCCCCUCGAAACUAAUGUGGGUCAAAUGGAUCAGCCUGCUAGCUGGAUUUUAGAUUUAAAGAAAAGAUCUUAAUACUUUCCUUCCACACAUGGUUACCACAUGUGAAAGGUUUGGAUGAAGUCAGGGUAGCAUGUUUAACCAUCAUCGUUCCUUAUUUCAAGGUUUAAAGCAAAACUUCAUAUAUGCAAAUAAUGCACCUUAUUAAUUUGAUCACAAUUAUUCCUCACUCUUCUUAUCAAGCAAACCAGACAUAGCAUUGUCUCUUUUAACACUUUUGAUGACGUUUAGAUGAUGGAAAAAAAGGUGUUAACCAAAUGAGUUUUGGUCAAAACGUAAGGAAAACUGUUUUUUGUUUGUUUUUUUAGUUGUUGUUUUUUUUAUGUGGUCCAACAUCAUGUUCACUAAAAAGUAUGAAAAAGUGGAAUAUCAUCAAAAACUAAUUUAUUUUGGUAAUUUAAGUAAAAAAGAGUGAAACCCAUGUAUUAUUUAUGCUUAUGUCUAAUGAUUAGAUUCUGAUUAAACUGAUUAGAUUCUGAUUAAGGCUUACAGCUAAGGAAAGACCAAAUUUAAAUCAUUAAAAAAAAAAAAGACCAAAUGACAUACAUCCAUGGAUUGUAGAUUACAUGGCAACUAUGCAUGGAUUGCUGCAACAGUGGUAUCUCUGAUUGGCUGGUAAUCAACUGGUCAGGGUAACCAGAUGAUUUCUUGGUGCAGCCCUGGUUAUCUGUUAUUGUUGUAUUUGGAAGUUUUUUUUUUUGUUUUCUCCUUGCUAUCUUCCUUUUUUUUAAUUUUAUCUAAACUGAUUUAAAUGUUUUAAGCAAAAUUUGGCCCUGUUUGUCCUUUACACACAUCCAAAUUGAAAGGAUCAAUGUUUUAUUUAGCAAAGUUCUUCCAAAAUUAUGCAGUAAAAACAAGUAAACAAGUAAAAAUGGGAUACAACAACAACAUAAAUGGGAAAAGGUGUAAAACAUGGAAAUUGAUAGAGCAAAGAUGAUUGUCUCAAGGAUUUUAGGAUGGCAGUAACAGAUAUUAGUCUGAUGCAGACAAUUAACAUGGUAUCUGUCAUGUACCUAUGUUGCAAUUCGAAGCUGUAAAAAACAUGAGUGACUGCAGGUUCUCUAUGGAGUUUGUCAUUUGCUCAUCAGCUGCAGUGAAGCCAAAGAAGUAUUGGUGUUUUUGGCAAUGGGGCCAUGGACCAAAUUCCACAAGAAAAUGUAAUCAACAUCUAACUUUAGGCAGACAUACAGUCCUCUAAACGUUUGUGGUAGAUGCCUGGUCUGACUUUAGACUUAUUGAAGCACAAAGGAUUCGAGAUCAGUAAAUGAAAUGAUUUCACACAUGGAUUCUCUUUUUUUCUGCAGACGAUGUGACAUUGGUUUUCAAAUUAAAUUAAAUUGUUACUUGUAUCUCAGUGAGAUACUUUGAACCAUUGAGCAACAGUUUGGCCCUUCCUUAUCUCAUUUAUUUAAUGUGAUUCAGACAUCUGUGGGUCAAUCAAUCAAUAUGAUAGUUAUCCUCCAGCAUAUGUCUUUAUGUGGAAUAAUAUCUUUUGAAUACUCAAACUUUAGAAUUGCCCUUUAAUCCUUUCUCUUCUACUUAACUUUCUAUUAAUGGUUGGAAAAUGGACUCUGCUAACAGCCAGCUUCUUCAGCCUCCUUAGCAUGACAGGGAAGACUAUAAAAAUGAUAUAAUGCAACAUUUCUGUAUUUAAAAUUUGUGUUUUCAUUAGCUCUAAGCCAUAAUCUUGAAAUUAAUACUAUCAGUGUUUUACUUGGAUAUUUAUGAUAUAUGAGGUUCACUUUUAAUUGGAAUAGUCAAAUUUCUUUACUGAAAUGCUCCUCUACUUCCAAAAAGAUGAUUUUUUUUUAGGAAAAAAAUAGCUGACAAAAUGA